AGAAAAGUGUGAAUCACACAACAUAUACUUUUGUUCAUUAAGAAACAGAAGUCGAGGGAAGACAACUUCUGCUAAUCAACAUCCCGUGAUUCUUUCCUCUCUCCCCUUUUAUCACUUCCUUUCCAUUUCUGUCUCUCUCUCUCUCUCUCUUCCCCAUUUUCUCCGUUUUUCUUCUUCUUCCUUCCUCUACGCGUAUCCACCUAGCAAAACUAGCAUCAACAGGAGCAAGUGAAAAGGGUUAACAUUUGAAGAAGCCAUGGAAGAACGAUUGUGUGCGUAUUCAUGAGUUGUUGCUCAUUUUCCCACAGCAUUUCAUUUGGUUUGUUAUGAACUUUAAAAAAUGAUGAACAGUACCAACGAAAAAGAUUACUAUGUGAAGCUGAAUGUUAAUGAUUACUAGGUGAAUGUUACCAUGUGUGGCGGAAAAACAUGAAGAUUAACGUGAAGACUCUGAAAGAGACUCACUUUGAGAUCCAAGUGAACCCUAAGGAUAUGGUUCUUGAUGUGAAGAAAAUAGAGAUAGUGCAAGGUGUUGAAGGUUACCCUGCUGUACAAAAAAUGCUUAUUCACCACGGAAAAGUGCUUAAGGAUGAAAGCAUUAUGCAGAGUUGGAGCCAGAUGCGAGCAACAACAGCUCAACGUAGUCUAUUUCAAGGGAUUCUGAAGCAAAUGAAGAUUCAUUUGACAACGUAGCCAAUUCUCCUAUCCCUGAUGGUUCCAUUAACGAAGAAGAGGGAACGGCUUGGAAACUCGAAUCUGGGCCCUUGAUUUAUGUCAAAAAAGCACAAGCCAGAUGCAGGUGUGGAAGCAGUGAUGGAAUUUACAUCUUCACAUUUGAAGGCAAAACGUGGUGGUAGUAAUAAGCCAAAGAAGCAUGGUGUUCUGUCUGUUCGUGCUGCAUCUAUGCUGGUUUCACACGCAUGGUGUAUCCGGGUGCUGUCCAUUCCAGAUUUGAGCAUUCUCUUGGAGUGUAUUGGAUUGCUGGUCAAUCUGUUUAAAAGCUUAAUAGUUAUCAAAUUUGAUUAUAUUGCCCGUGAUUGUCGAGCUUGUGGUCUGGAUGCAACUUUGAGUUUCAGAGAUCUUACAAUCCACAAGUUGUUUGCCACUCGGGCUGAUAUGUAUAGAACAGUUUAUACACAUCCAAAAGUAAAGGCAAUGGAGCUUAUGCACUUGUGCAAGGAAAUGAUUAUUUGCAGAUUUCAGAUUCCAUUCAAGAUCCAGCUGAAUACUGGAAGAUUAUGAGGGCUUCUUUCAUAUACAGAUGCAUCAAAAACAUUUUUACAUCGCCUAAAAUAUAUAUUACUUAAAAAAAAAAUGCAGCUGGAUGAUUCAAUAAUCAAAACCAUGAGACUUCUCCAUUGGAAGAAUUGAAGGAAGAUAGAGAGUUGAUUCUGUGCAUUCGAAGGAGGUAUCUGUACCAGGCAUGUUUUUACUAGGUCAAUAAACAAUGGAUAUCUGAUACCUUGGUUCAGUAUCUCUUUGAAUUUGAGGCUUACUUUGAUGAAGUAUGAAAGAAAUUGAUCUCAAACGAACAAAUAACUCUCAGCUUCAAAAGGUGAAAUACGACAUGGUAGUGGCCUGUGACGCAAGCAGCGUGUCUGAACAAGAGGUCCAGAAGCUCGAAGCCAGACUUUAAGAAUACUAUGACAAGAAGACGUCACUAGACAACCAAAUUUCACAACAUCGAGCCAAGAUUCUUGAGCUAAACAAAGAAAUUAAUAACCUAGAAAAAGAGAAAGUUGAGUUAGUCUAGGAGAAAUCACUCCCCUCCAAAGAGAAUAUCGAUGAAGAGGCCACCAGAAGUGUCGAACAUGUUGAAUCUAAUCUUUAACUUAGGACUUGAAGUUAACUCCCUGGAAGAAAUCCAUGAUCGACUGGUUGUCAGACUCGACUUCUCCAAGACCAAACUAGAGGAAUUCAUAUCAAAAUUUCCAACUUAAAUCGCAUUUCUCUUAUUUUCUCUGCUUUUAACAUUUUGUAACGACAAUGCCAUUUUGGCACCCUUUAAUACCAUUUUGGCACUUCUGCUUUCCUACUGCA